GAGCGUCAAGCUUACACUUACAGAUCAGAACAAAAAAACAGCAGUCAACACUACAACAGUAUCAGUAGGCCCCAAGGACUGUCAAGUUGACAAAUUAAUUUCCUUGACUUGGAGGUUGAUUUACACGGUGUUACCAUGUUUUCUCAGUUCGACAGCGACACCAUAUUCAAUUCCGUCCUCAUAUUUGCUUGGCUUACUUUUCUGUGGGAAACAUACCUCUCAGUCCGACAGCGUCAUGUUGCGAAGACAAGUGAAAAAGCUCCUGAAGUCCUCAAAGGCGUUAUGGAUCAAGAAACCUUUGACAAGGCAAGGAGUUACCACCUAGACAAAAGUUCCUUUGGCCUGUUUAGCAGUGUUUUUCAUCAAUUUGAGUCCACAUUCAUUCUUUUGUUUGGAGGUUUCCCAUUCUUAUGGAAUCUUGGAAAGUCCAUUCUCAUCAGCCUGAACAUGCCACAAGGAGAGAUAAUGCAGUCCAUGGCAUUCAUUGUGUUGGGGAUCAUCUACUCCACAUUCUCGUCAUUGCCCUGGUCGCUGUACAGUACCUUUGUGAUUGAAGAAAAGCAUGGAUUUAACAAGCAGACAUUGGGCUUUUUUAUCAAAGACCAUCUGAAGCAGCUAGCAGUGGUUGUGGUCAUCUCACUGCCGGUCACUGCUGCACUGAUCUACAUCGUACAUGUUGGUGGGGAUUACUUUUUCAUCUACGCCUGGCUCUUCACCUUCACUGUUUCGUUGUUACUUGUGACUGUGUAUGCUGACUACAUUGCGCCACUGUUUGACAAGUUCACACCACUACCAGAGGGGGAGCUCAGGACUCGUAUAGAGGAGUUAGCCCUCAGCAUCAACUUCCCGCUCAAGAAACUCUUUGUUGUUGAAGGUUCCAAGAGGUCCUCUCACAGUAAUGCAUACUUCUACGGCUUUUUCAACAACAAACGUAUUGUCCUUUUUGACACUCUCUUGGAGGACUAUGCCCCUGCUAAUAAAGAAGAGGAGAAAGAAGAUAAAACAAAGGCAGAGGAGUCGAAUUCUGGGGACCAGGAGAAUGACACGCAAAGGACAGAUGACAAUAAGACUGAAGGGGCUGAGGAGACAGAUCAGGCGAAGAGCCAGGAAGACAGUGCAGAAAAGAAAAAGAAGAAAGUUGGCUGCAACAACGAGGAGGUGCUUGCUGUCCUGUGUCAUGAAUUGGGUCACUGGUACCACAGCCAUGUUCUCAAGCAGCUCAUUAUCUCACAGAUUAAUAUGUUUCUCUGCUUUGGCAUAUUUGCUGUACUGAUGAAAGAGAAGGUUUUGUUUGCCGCCUUUGGAUUUGAUGUGCAGCCAACCAUGAUAGGACUGAUCAUCAUAUUCCAGUUUAUUUUGGCACCAUAUAAUGAGGUUCUGUCAUUUGUCUUGACGUACAUGACGCGUAAGUGCGAGUUCCAAGCGGACGCCUUUGCUGCAGGGAUGGGCUGGAGUGACACUCUUCGCUCGGCCUUGAUCAAACUGAACGAGGAUAACCUGAGUUUCCCACUCAGCGACUGGCUCUACUCUGCAUGGCAUUUCUCCCAUCCCCCUCUUCUGGACCGUCUCAGGGCUCUUCACGACCAGCCGGAUAAAAAGACACAGUAGUCUGACCAAGUGCGCUGAUUAAUUGUCCAAGGUGUGCGUCUCAGAUCAGGUUUCUGUAUAUUGUUUUGUGUUAAUCGUUAACCGUUUUUGCUUCUGCAGGCCAAGCCAUGGGUUGAAUAAUGACGAUGAACUGUAUUUAGCAUACUCUCUAGGAAAGUGCUGAAUGUGCUUUACAGUACAUGUAAUGCAAAGAACAUAGAUUCCUCUUUUUCUCUUUCUGCUCAAUUGAAAGUAAAAAUAGCCUAUUUGCCAACUGAACUCUUAUGAGAAGAUAAGGACAGAUCAUCAUAAAAAAUAAUUCGUUCAUUUCUAACUUUACCACUGGGCUCAUUCUCAAGACCAUUGACAUUAAUUUUGAAGCUUGGAAGACAUUUUAUAAUAAUGGUGUGUUCAAUGAGCACGAUCUCAGAUUUACCUUUAUAUUCAGUUUAAGAUAAUUUUUGCUGUCCAUCCAGAUUGAUUUAUUUUGAAUGUAUUAAAAGUUGUGUCCACAAAGUUUGGAAUGUCUUCUUUAUUUCCAAAGAUGUACAUUUGGGUAUCAUCAACAGAUAUAUGUUAUUUCAUUUCAUACUUUUUAAAUCUUUAAGAUGUUGACAUGGGGCUGUGUGCAUACAGUGUGAAAAUCUCUGGUCCAGUGUAUUAAUGAGUGGAUGGUGGACUUCUGAAGUGCCAUUAACAUAAAACCUUUCAACUGUGAAAAAUUGUCAGUUAAAAUGCACCUUCAUUAACUCUAGAUGAGUUACAUGGAUAUGACAAAUACUUGGCUACUUCUCUUUAUCUAUUUUCCUUUAGUCAGCGGGCAGUAAGUUGCCAACUCCCCAAUUUUGAACCUUUGCAGUUAUGUGAUUUGGGAUGGACACCAAUAUUAUAUUGGGAGACAUAAAUAUGUGAUUGUGAGAGUGUGCAUGUAUGCGUGAUGCAACCAGCUAGACUGAGACACAUUUAAUUAUUUUGGUACUCUCAGAUUUUGUCAUUCCCUGCAAAGAAGAGAGCUGAUUAGUUGUUGUUCAUUUAGUGACAAUUAUUUUUAAAAAUUAAUUGGGGGUUGUGUUUUUUUUGUUCACUUGUCUUUAUUAGGAUGAAAAAAAA